CGAGUUGACGUAGCCGGCUUCUGCCUUACUUGCGCGAUCGCACUCUUUAAUAACUACACGUUUCGUAUCGUCUGCUUUUUGUUUGUUUUUUAUGGAAUAGUGUAACUAGUGCUUUAUUUCUUUGGAAUAUAUCUAUGAAGCCCACAAUGGAAUUACUGGAGGAUCACCAUGUGGUGUUACCGGAAGAAGUUGAAGAUGUUCUAAAGAACAGUUUCCUGGAAGCAGAUCCGGAAGGAAGUGGCUACAUUGACUGUAAUAAUGUGAUCGCUGUUGUAAGAAAAGCUUUAGGAAUCUCACUCGCCAAUCAGGAAAGAGAGAAAAUAUUAAAGAAAGCAGAAAUACUGGCUGGCAGAGGUCAAUUAAGUGUGAAUGCUUUCAUAACUGUCAUGGCUGAUACUUUAACAGAAACAACACAAUGGGGCAAUCUAAAAACUGAUGUUUCUGGUUAUGUAGGUAUCGACACUUUACAAGAUCAAAUCAGGAAAAAAGUUCUCAAGAAAGGAUUUGAAUUCAAUAUUAUAGUUGUUGGUAGAAGUGGCCUUGGCAAAUCAACUUUAAUCAAUACAUUGUUUAAAGCAAGUGUUAGUCGCAGAACUUGUGUCAAAGUUGAAGGCAAUGAAAAUGGAUUGUAUAAAAUCCCCAAAACAACUGAAGUCAAAUCAGUUAGUCAUGUUCUUGAAGAAAAAGGUGUGCGGUUACGAUUAACUGUAACAGAUACUCCAGGAUUCGGAGAUCACAUAAAUAAUGAAAACUGUUGGCAACCCAUUUUAGAAUAUAUAAAUCAGCAAUAUGAAAAGUACUUAAAUGAAGAGCAGAGUGUUGCACGAAAGAAAUACAUACCAGAUACUAGAGUUCAUUGUUGUUUAUACUUCAUUCCUCCCUCUGGGCACUCUUUAACAUCACUAGAUGCUGAAUUUAUGAAGCGCUUAGAUAAAAUAGUCAAUAUAGUUCCUGUUAUAGCCAAAGCUGAUACUCUUACUGUUGAUGAAAGGAUAACAUUUAAGCAAAGAAUUAAAGCAGAUCUUGAAAAGAAUGGCAUAAAUAUUUAUCCCAUAACUGAACUCGAAGAGGAACCAGAUGACAUCAUUUCAAAUAAUAAAAUAAGAGAAAUGAUACCAUUUGCUGUUGUUGGGAGUAACAUCCAGCAUCAGAUCAAUGGACGCACAAUUUAUGGUAGAAAAACACAGUGGGGCACUGUUGAGGUUGAAAACAGAGCUCACUGCGAGUUUCCAGAUCUUAGGGAUAUGUUAAUUCGGACUCAUAUGCAAGAUUUAGUUGAUGUCACUAGAUUAGUUCACUAUGAAAACUUCAGGCAUCAAAGGCUGAGAUCUCGGGACCAUAGACACCUGAACGGUAACAUAAACGGACAAGUUGUCGAUAUUGAACAAAUGAAUGAGAGUAGCCUAUAAGUCCCUUUCUAUUCAUCUCUCAUCCAUAGUAAUAUAGUCAUUUUCAGUAACAUGAAUGUUGAUAUUACCUUCAGUGUGCCAUCAGAGUAAUACAGACUGUGUCACAUAAAUCUAGUAAAUAACUAUAGAAAUUAUAGCAGUUGAAUGUGCCAUACUGUGUAUGAUAAAAAUUAAUAUUUUAGCUCCGUGACAUUAAACUUUUUUUAAGUGUACUUAAAAAAAAAUUUUCUUCCGUAAUACUAAAUUAGAGGUAACAUGGUGCGUAGGGUUUUUUAAAGGUGCUUAUUUUCAUUUUUUAAAAGCAAUAAAGCUACUUUUUUUAUUGAGUGUUUUUAAAAAGUGCUUAAUUUUCCCUUCACAGAAAUAAGUUUUUUUUCUUCAGUAACUUGUUUUAUGCAAAAGCGUCAUUUUUACAUUGUUUUACUAAACGCUUUCAUAAUUCAUUCAAAGACAAUGCAUUUCAGUGUACUAUAUGGAUGCAUUUUGCAUUUAAUUAUUUUGCAUUUAAUUUAUGUAUAUAGUGCUUAAAAAUAUUUUUUGAGUGCUUGAAAAGUACUUAAAUAAAGUGGGUUAUUUUUUGUUUAAAGAUUUGACUACACAUUCUGGGUAACUACAGACUAUAAAGCUUUUUGCUGAUAUUAGUUUCACUAAAACACAGUGCAAGUUGUUGUUUUUUUUAAUGAUUGACUUUGUAAUAUUUGGUUCAUUUUUUAACUUUUUUUAAAGCUUUUAUGUGUUAUAAGAAAAACUGUCUGUGAAAAUGUGUUACUUUGAUUUAAAAUAGUGAGUUGUAAAUAACUAUGACAUGCCUACAUAUUAUGUCUUAUACUUGCUCACUUAAAAUAACUCAUUAAAAUAAAUACACCUAAACGUAUAAUCUAAAAUAAAUUUUAAAUUUAAUAUCAUUUAAUUAUGUUAAAAUGUAUUGAAAAGUACUUAAAGUGAAAAAUUUUGGCUUUUUUUUUCUUCAUAAAUAUUCCUUAAAUCAGUUUUUGAAACUACUACUCUAUCUGCAAAGACAUUAUGUGUGCGUUAAAUUUGUCAUGGACAAAUUUGUAUUAUUCUGCUUGUACCCUGUAUAACUUUAAUCCCAUCGUAAAUUGUACAUAUAUAUUUUAUUGAUAUGCUCUUUGUUUAAUGUAUUGGACACGGUCUUAGACUUUAUUUUGCCAAAAAUUACCUAUUUCCACUUAAACGUAAUAAAUAUUAAAAAAAUCUUGCUGUUUGAAGGACCCAGUUUAAAGGAUGUGAUUAUUUUUUUCCUAUCAAAAACUUGAACAAGAUAAAUAUAAAUUUUUGAUCUGAAUGUGAUUUUAUUUAUAUAAAUGCUACAUUGAAUUUCUGUAUGUUUUAAUUAUCAAAUCAUAGUAUUAAAAGAAGUGCCUGAAGAGAUAAAAUAUUUAUUUUUGAACUAAUAAAAAUGACAUAUCAUUUGUCUCAAUCAUGGAUGCAUUUUCCUAUGUUUCAUGAACUUGUAAUAGUUUAUAUUUUUAUUGGUUUUAAAUCAAUGGAUUUUACUGUGCCAUUGUAGUUAUAUUUUUGAUUCGACAUUUAUUUAUUGAAUCUCUUUUUGACAUUUUAUUUAUCUCAUUUAUGAUAUUUUAAGCUAUGACAGAUUUACAAAUAUUUUAAUAAGUCUCAUAUAUGUUACAACAUCUUUUAAUUGUAUCUGUUAGAAUUCUUUUUAGAGCUUCUGCAAUCAGUACUUAAAAGUUCAAUUAUUGGACGGGUGUGAUAAAAUAUUUCAUUGAAUGUGUAAAAUCUAUAUAUUAUAUUUAAAUCACAUACUUAUAUCGUAAACAAGGUGACUUAGACAAGUGGCCUAUGCAUGUGAAAAAAAAGAAAAUAAACAAUGUAUAAUAAUUUCAGUAAAGUAUCGAAUUUUUCCACUACUAAAGAAAGACUUAUAUGAAAAAAAGCAAAAUUCCUAGAUAAGACAUAUAUUUUUUAAGUCAUAUAUUUGUCAUUUAAUGUUCUUGUAAGAAUAUGUCUUCCAAUCUGAUUAUAAAUUUUAAGUUUGAGACUUUUGUCUCAAUACUAUUCAUUGUCAUUUACUUCAUAUUCUCAAUAAAUGUGUUUAAUUCUUUA